AUGUUGAAAUGCUUGCCUUCCCCUUCCAAAAGGCUUUCUAAGUAUGCCCCAUUAAUUCAUAUUAUGAAGGUCAAUCCGGACAAAGUUAACAUUAUCAUUGGUUCUGGUGGGAAGAAGGUGAAGAGUAUCAUAGAAGAAACUGGUGUAGAGGCUAUUGACACACAAGAGGAUGGAAUAGUAAGAUCAGACACAGCUUACCUUCCAUUGGUUGUGUGA